AUCUGUUAAACGCUUUGCAUCCAGUCAGCCAAACAAGUCCAACGCGUGUGCACGUGUGUGCCAUCAUUUGUUUAUUUUUUUUAAAUCCAAGGAACCUCACUUGAUGAUAAAAUAAAAAUGGCCGCUGUCAAUGGAAAAGAUCUAACCGAACAACCAGUACCGCCAUCUUCCUUAAUACGCCGCGUCAGUUCGCGCUCGAUUCGAAAUUCAAUUUCGGAAGACAAAGAAAAUGGCGACGUUUGCGCGGGAAAGGGAUCAUUUGUAAGCAAGUAUAAGAAGGCGCCAGAAGCGUUGAAGAAUUUCCACAUGAACGAUGCUGAGAGCGAAUUAGAAGUACCAGGGACGCCAAUGACACCGAGGACCUCCACUACACCGGGCCAUGAGAACUGCACAUUCCAUCACGACCUGGAACUGGAUCAUAGACCACCAACCAGGGAAGCACUGCUACCUGACAUGGCUAACUCUUAUAGACUACUACUCACAGGCUUAGGCGAAGAUCCCGAGAGACAGGGUCUUCUGAAAACACCAGAACGUGCCGCUAAGGCGAUGUUGUUCUUUACCAAAGGAUACGAUCAAAGCCUCGAAGAGGUCCUAAACAAUGCCAUAUUUGACGAAGACACGGAUGAAAUGGUCGUGGUUAAGGAUAUAGAAAUGUUUUCAAUGUGCGAACAUCAUCUCGUUCCGUUCUACGGCAAGGUUUCCAUCGGUUACCUACCCCAAGGCAAGAUCCUUGGGCUCAGUAAGUUAGCCAGGAUCGUGGAGAUCUUCUCGCGGCGGCUGCAGGUGCAGGAGCGCCUCACGAAGCAGAUCGCGGUGGCCGUCACGCAGGCCGUGCGCCCCGCCGGCGUCGCCGUCGUCAUCGAGGGAGUACACAUGUGCAUGGUGAUGCGCGGUGUUCAGAAGAUCAACAGCAAGACGGUCACGUCGACGAUGCUGGGCGUCUUCCGCGACGACCCCAAGACCAGGGAGGAGUUCCUCAACCUCGUGCACUCCAAGUGAGGAUCACACCGAUUAAUUGUUAUUUCAUGUUUUGCUCAUUCGCUGUAAAUUAUUUUUACUUAAAGGAGUUUUUUGUAUACGAACGAGUUAUUUGCCCACUAUCCUUUCUUCAUAACAGACUAGAAUCGUUUUUCUUACUGAGGACUGUAACUUUACAGUGGCCCUCUUAAAUAGUCUUGGGUUCGCAGUCACUUUCGUGAUGAACUCUUAAAUAACC